UAGUUUUUCUUUUUCUAUUGUAGCUAGCUUAACGCUAGUUUAGUAGCUACUUCCGCUUGUCAAUUUUGGCAACUUCCGAGGCGACAGCUGUAACUAGUUGGUGGCAACUUCUGCUUUCACUUGCGAGUGGGGACAUGGACAGAAUAAAUGUGCCCCCUGUGGGCCCCAUGGACCUGCCGAUGUCCCUGCUGGAGAUGGGAUGCUCUGGCAGGUUUGAGCUCAUCACACACCCCCUGCCUGGCCAGCCUUUACCUCCACAGAGCACGCUCCCCCAUGGGCUUCCUCCCACCAGCCUGAGCCUGGAGACAGAAGUAGAGAAACAGUUUUUACGGGACCCUGCCUGGCUUCCUAUACAUGACACAGACUUUGCCUUCCAGAAGUUUCUCAACGUGACUCAGAGAGAGGUUAAUGUCGACUCUCUACUCAACUGCACUCCGUCUCCACUUCACUCUGGUCUCUCUGUUGUCAGAGAUCCAACCACAGGGAUGCUGCUGGACUUCACAGAGGUGUUACUGGAGAACACUGGCCUGUCAGCAAAGAACUCACUUUCAUUUCAACGCCAGCCCGGGCCUCCUUCAGAGAGCCUUCGAGGAAGCAACACCAACUACCCCUUCCUCCCCGGAGGAAUGGAGGAGCUUAGUCUGGACCAAAUCCAGAAGAAAUCUGAGCUGGAGGAGGACAUAGACUUUGAGAAUGAUUUACUCAGAGUCCCACCUGGACUUAAAGCUGGGAUGGACUUCACUGAUAAAGAUGCCAAGAUAGCAAAGGCAGAGGUGAACCUCAUGUCCCUUCUGUCCACAUUGGAUGACAUCGCUUAUUUACAACCUGAGGAAGAGGAGAAAAAGGAAGGCAAAGGAAGUGAAGAAGCUCCCAAACUACCCAGAACAAACAGCCUUGAUGACCUCCUAUGUCUUCCGGAUGCUGUGUCAUCCUCAUCUCCCCCAGAGGAAGGAAAAGAUGAGAAAUCAAAGCCAAAAGAAAACCCAGAGGAAAAUAAGAAAUGGGCUAUCCCUGUCAACAUAACUGCACCCUGUGAUGAUUUCUACAAACGCAUCCCCAACCCAGCUUUCAAGUGGCCGUUUGAUCUGGAUGUUUUCCAGAAACAGGCUGUGCUGAGGCUGGAGGCUCACGACUCUGUGUUUGUAGCCGCGCACACAUCAGCUGGCAAAACAGUGGUGGCCGAAUACGCCAUCGCUCUCUCACAGAAACACAUGACAAGGACCAUCUACACCUCUCCUAUCAAAGCCCUGUCCAAUCAGAAGUUCAGAGACUUUAAGAACACCUUUGGAGACGUUGGACUCCUGACGGGCGACGUCCAGAUCAGUCCUGAAUCUUCAUGUCUCAUCAUGACCACCGAGAUCCUCAGGUCUAUGCUUUACAACGGCUCAGAGGUCAUUAGAGACUUGGAGUGGGUGAUCUUUGACGAGGUUCACUACAUCAAUGAUGCUGAGAGAGGGGUUGUGUGGGAGGAGGUUUUGAUUAUGCUUCCCGAUCACGUCAGUAUCAUUCUCCUUAGCGCCACAGUGCCAAAUGCUCUGGAGUUUAGCGAGUGGAUCGGUCGUAUAAAGAAGAGGCAUAUUUACGUGAUCAGCACAAUGAAGAGACCUGUGCCUUUGGAGCAUUAUCUGUACACUGGAAACAGCACCAGGACUCAGAAAGAGAUGUUCCUGCUGGUGGAUGCUGUGGGCAACUUCCUCACUAAAGGGUACUAUGCAGCUGUCGAUGCCAAGAAGGAGCGCACCAGCAAACACGCCCAAUCAUUUGGCACGAAAAAUACUUCUCACAACACCUCAUCUAGUCAGGACCGAGCGGUGUGGCUCACUCUCCUACACUACCUAUCCCAGCGGCAGCAGACGCCGGUGGUUGCGUUCACCUUCUCUCGGACGCGGUGUGACGAUAACGCCCGCUCGCUGGACUCCAUGGACCUGACCACCUCCAUAGAGAAAGCUGAGAUCCACUCUUUCUUCCAGAAGAGCCUGAGUCGCCUCCGAGGAGGAGACCGACAGCUGCCUCAGAUCUUGCUCAUGAGGGACCUGUUGAAGAGGGGGAUAGCAGUCCAUCACAGCGGGAUCCUGCCAAUACUGAAGGAGGUCAUUGAGAUGCUCUUCUCACGAGGCCUCGUAAAGGUGCUGUUUGCCACCGAGACAUUUGCAAUGGGAGUGAACAUGCCUGCCAGGACUGUGGUAUUCGACAGCAUCAGGAAACACGACGGGACCGGCUUUAGAAAUCUGCUGCCAGGUGAAUAUAUUCAGAUGGCAGGCAGAGCUGGCAGGAGAGGUCUGGACGCCACAGGCACGGUCAUCAUUCUGUGUAAAGCCGGAGUUCACGAGAUGGCAGAUCUGCAUGUCAUGAUGCUGGGUAAACCUACCGUCCUCCAGUCCCAGUUCCGACUGACCUACACUAUGAUCCUCAACCUGCUGCGAGUCGAAGCCCUCCGUGUGACCGACAUGAUGAGGAGGAGCUUUUCUGAAAACCACAGGGACAUUCAGGUUCAUGAGAAGAGGAUCAGGCAGCUGAAGCAGACGUUGCCCUCUCUGCCUCCUCUGGACACAGAAGGCCAGCUGUCCGACCUGUUGCCUUACUACCACACCGUGACGGAGCUACGAACCACCACCGAGGCCCUCCAGCGUGCUAUUCUGGAGUCUGUCAACGGGCUGAAAGCUCUGUCUGUGGGUCGAGUUGUGUUAGUUAACAACAAACAGCAUCUCAACGCCCUGGGAGUUAUCCUACAGGUGUCCAAUGACUCUGUGAAUCGCACCUUCACAGCUCUCAUCAUCUGUGAGAAGGGAAACGAGGAAGGGGAGGGAAAAGGCAACAACAGCAGCGCUUUCACUCACCUCUACAACACAGCCCUCUUCAUACCUGAAGGCCCUUGCAGCCACACAGUGCAGAAGUUGAAGCUUCAGGACAUCUCAGCCAUCACAGUAAAAACCCUCAAAGUGAUUCCAGAGAGGAUCAUCGACAACUACAACAAGAGGCAACAGCCACGAUUCAGGCUUGACCCUCCCGGCCAGGCCAUCUCCACGGCGACCCAGGAGCUCCUGCGAUUGGCUGAGGCUAACCCCGCCGGCAUAGCGAGCCUCGACCCUGUGAACGACCUCCAGUUGAAGAGCGUGGAUGUGGUGGAGGACUCCAUGAGGCUCCGCGUGCUGCAGGACAGCCUCAGAGAGUUCAACUGCAUCCACUCGCCCACUUUCGCAGAGCAGUUUGCUCGGGUUAAGGAGAGGAUGAGUGUGCAGGAGGAGCUGGACAGGCUGCUGUUCCUGGUGUCGGACCAGUCUCUGUCUCUGCUGCCUGAAUACCACCAGAGGAUCAAGGUGCUGCAGUCCCUCCAGUACGUCGACAGCAGCGGGGCGGUGCAGCUGAAAGGCCGCGUAGCUUGUCAGAUCAGCAGCCACGAGCUGCUGCUGACCGAGCUGCUGUUCGAGAACGUCCUGAGCCCGCUGGCGCCUGAGGAGAGCGCCGCCCUGCUGUCCUGUCUGGUCUUCACACAGAACACACAGGUGGAGCCGCACAUUACCAACACACUGCAGGAGGGCAUCGAUCGGGUGCUGUCCGUGGCCCAGCGUAUUGGAGAGCUGCAGAGGGAUUGUGGGCUAUCACAGACAGCUGAGGAGUUUGUUGGCCAAUUCAAGUUUGGCCUGACAGAGGUGGUGUACUGCUGGGCCAGAGGCAUGCCGUUCGCAGAGAUCGCCCAGCUGACAGACAUCCAGGAGGGCACGGUGGUCCGCUGCAUCCAGCGUCUGGACGAGGUGCUGAAGGAGGUGCGACAGGCCGCCCGCAUCGUGGGAGACUCCGUCCUGGGGAGCAAGAUGGAGAAGGCCUCCCUGGCCAUCCGCAGGGACAUCGUCUUCACCGCCUCCCUCUACACCCACUGAGAGACGAAGGGGCGAAUGAUGCCGAGAUGCCUUUCAGCCAAGUGUUUUUGUGUGAAAGGUGUGAGAAAGAUGGAGAUGUAUGGGGGAGGUAAAGAGAUGGUGUGUGUUAACAUGUUUCCGCUAACAAGUGCUGUAUGUGCCUACAAAACAUGUUGAUGUUUACAUGAAAAUUCCUGACUAUGAAAACUAUGAUUUUAACCAACAGACCAAAGUAGAGAGAGUAGUGGAAUGAACUUGAAAUCUGGAUUGUAAUUUAUUGUACAGUAAUAAAAUCUGUAUUCCAAAAA